GGCUCUGCGGCUAGGCUGGGAAGAGGCGGGCGCUCCGCUCGCCAUGGCCGCUGCGGUGCGAGUCUGAGCGGCGUCCACUCCGCGGUCCCGGGCCGCCCGGGCCAUGCGGCCUCUGCCACUGUGGCUGCCGUCGCUGCUGCUCUGUGGACUCGGUGCCGCGGCGUCCUCGCCAGACUCUUUUUCCCAGCUUGCGGCUCCUCUGAACCCAAGGCUUCACCUGUACAAUGAUGAGCAGAUUCUAACUUGGGAGCCGCCACCUUCCAGCAAUGACCCGAGACCAGUGGUCUACCAGGUGGAAUAUAGCUUCGUCGAUGGCUCUUGGCAUAGGUUGCUGAAGCCGAACUGUACGGACAUCACAGAGACAAAAUGUGACUUAACAGGAGGCGGCCGCUUGAAGCUUUUCCCACACCCAUUCACAGUCUUCCUGCGGGUGCGAGCCAAGCGAGGGAACCUCACUUCCGAGUGGGUGGGGCUGGAGCCAUUUCAACACUAUGAAAACGUUACUGUUGGACCUCCGAAAAACAUCUCGGUGACCCCAGGAAAAGGUUCCCUCGUCAUACACUUCUCCCCUCCCUUUGAUGUGUUCCACGGGGCAACUUUUCAGUAUCUUGUCCACUACUGGGAAAAGUCGGGAACCCAACAGGAACAGGUUGAAGGCCCUUUCAAGAGCAGCUCCAUCGUGCUGGGCAAUCUGAAGCCAUACAGAGUAUAUUGUUUACAAACUGAGGCACAACUGAUUUUGAAAAACAAAAGAAUCCGACCACACGGGCUCUUGAGCAAUGUAUCCUGUCACGAAACAACAGCAGAUGCCUCCGCCAGGCUGCAGCAAGUCAUCCUGAUUCCGUUGGGCAUCUUCGCAUUGCUGCUCGGGCUGACGGGAGCCUGCUUCAUCCUGUUCAUCAAAUACCAAAGCCGGGUGAAGUACUGGUUUCAGGCUCCGCCAAACAUCCCGGAACAAAUCGAAGAGUAUCUAAAGGACCCAGACCAAUUCAUCUUGGAGGUCUUGGACAAGGACGGUUCACCGAAGGAGGACUCCUGGGACUCCGUGUCAAUUAUUUCUUCUCCAGAAAAGGAGCGAGAUGAUGUGCUCCAAACACCGUGAACCAGGCCAGGGUCUCUGCUUGCCCAGGAGGGCAGCGAUCAGUGCACCCGAGAGAGAUCCCCAGGGCCCCAGGGCCCCAGGGCCGGGGAAGAUGGUGUAGUGUUUGUUCUUUAUGAGUUUUCUGGAUGCUACAAGUAUUUAAAAGGAUUCCACACAAAGAUAUCUCAGAAACAAAACAAAAACAAGCCAAGCGUUUCUCUUAAACACUACAAAAGACAACUGCUCGUUACUGGCAACGUGGCGGCAAUCCUGUGGUGCUUUCUCCAGUGUUAGCUGCCCCCACUGUCAGAAGACUGGGUCCUUGCCUUCACUCUGGAAAAUGAGUUGUCCCAGCCAUCCCUGCCUGUCACAAAGAGGGGACCUUAGUGUCCCCUUCAUGUCCAGUGUGAUGGCUUAAAUGUGACACCCCUGGGCUCGGUGCUUGCCUAGCAUGUACACGACCCACCCACCCCAGCACCUCACGCACAGAGAGGUGAUUAAUCUUGUAAAUAAUGUCCUGAUAAUUUAAGUCUUUUUUUUUAAUCUAGAAAUAAAAGAUUGUAUGUUAAACUUUUUUUUUAAAAGUCUAUCUGCCGGUUGGUGGUGGUGCACACCUUUACUCCUGGGACUUGGGAGGCAGAGGCAGGAGGAUCUCUGUGAGUUCGAAGCCAGCCUGGUCUAGAGUCCUGGUCUAGGACAGCCAAGGCUACACAGAGAAACCCUGUCUGGUAAACACAAAAACAAAACAGGAAAAAGAAGUGCACGUGUUUCUUCUUUUCUCGUCCCUUACCACGUCGCCUUCUUUGCCUGUUUUCCAUAAAGUAUUGACUUGUGAAAAGUCUUAGCCAGGCAUGGUGACACAUGCCUUUAUCUCAGCACUUGAAAGCAGAGGCCAGUAGAUUUCUGUGAGUUUGAGGCCAGCCUGGUCUACACAGUGAGUUCCAGGACAGCCAGGGCUAUGUAGAAAGAUCCUGGCUCUCUAAAUAAAUAAUAAAUAAAUAUCAAACUUAAAAAUA